AUGUUAAGAAAUAUUAUAAGGAGAUAUAAUAGUAGUAGCUAUAGUAGUAAUAAAUUAGUUUUAAAUUGUAGAAAUAUAAAUAUAAAUAGUAAUAAUAAUAAUGUUUGUUUAAAUAGAUUUUCAUUUAAUAAUAGUAAUAAUAUAUUAGCAAAUAAUAUUAGCCAUCAAUAUUUAUUAUAUUCAAGUUAUUCUACAACAAACACUACUUUUAAUAAUAACAAUAAUAACAAAAAAGAUGAUAUUAAUAAUAAUAGUAGUAAUGUUUCAUUAUUUGGAUUUGAUAAAUAUAUUGAAAAUGAAUUGAAGAAUCAAUUCAAUGUGUUGGAAGCAACCGAGAUUCAAAAGAAGACAAUCAAACCGUUAUUGUCUGGAAAGGAUUUGUUUAUUGUAGAUGAAACAGGUACUGGAAAGAGUUUUCUUCUAAUGUCAUCUAUUGUCAAUGAUUAUCUGAGGAACUAUAAAUUAAUUAAUAAACAAUCGAAACAACAAUCACAAUAUCUUUCACCAAACUAUAUAAUUGUAACACCUAAUCGUGAAUUAGCAUGGCAAUACGGUGAUUGGAUUAGAAAGUUAACAGCGAACAUUGGCAGUGAACAACAACAACCAGCGGUUGCAAUGGUAGUUGGAGGACAAUCGCUAAGUUCUAUCUAUCAGCAAUUGAAAGAGAUUCAACCGAAUAUAAUCAUUGGAACACCUAAUUAUAUAUAUGAAUUGCUGGUAGCCGAGAGAUUGUCAAUCGAUUCACUAAGGAUGUUGGUUGUGGAUGAAGCCGAUCUCAUCAUGCAAGCGAUGUCACGUAAUUCAACAUUCCGAGAGAAACAAAAUCGAAAGAAACAUCUACCAGAGGGUGUGAAACUAAUCAUUGAAAUAAACAAACGUGCUCGUUCUAGAAUGGAUUUCCCAACAUCAACACAUCAACAACAAUCAUCAUCGUCAACAAAAGAUGAUAAGAAACAACAACCAACUAAACAACAACAACCAUUAAUAACAGAUAAAUCUAUAUUAUCAUUAAUCAAUCCAUUAAAUAAGAAUACAAGACAACAACAACAAAGAAAAGUAAGAGAAGUAGAGGAUGUAGAUGAAGAGGUGAAACAUAUCUAUCAGAGAACGGUUCGUUGGUUCCAAACUAUAUAUGCUUCGGCAACGUUGAAUCUUAGGAAUAGAAAGUAUAUCGAUGAGAAAGAUUGGAUCAAUGAGGAUAGGGUGUAUGUGACGCUGAUGAGUAAGCAGAAGGAAGAUUUGGCGGUGCCACAACAGUUUACGAAUCGAUUCGUUCCGGUGGUGUCUGAACAGGGUUUGUUGAAUGCAUUGGUUAGCAAAUGGAUAGAGUUUCAACCGACAAAAGCAAUAGGUGUCAUUCCCAACGACGGUAGUGUCGACAAGGUCGUACAAUCACUCCGUGAGCGUGGCAUCAACGCUCGGCCACUGAACGAGUUUAUGGAUUUCGAAACGUUCAACAUCACCGGUAUCAAAGACCAAGAGAAACGACAGUACUUCAAAGAUCAAAUAGCUAGUGAACGUAAAGCGAAAGAGCAUACCGUUGCAAAAGAGAGAAAAGAGAGAUCAAAACAACAACAUGGUAAACAACAACAACAACAACAACCAACUAUAAUGGAAGAAGAUGAAAUAGAAAUAGUAAAGCUACCAAAUAUGAAUGAUCAACAGAUAUUAUAUAUUGGAAAAGAGAAUGCAAUUCGUGGUGUUGAUAUAAGUAGCAUUGGACAUGUAUUCAUUUUGAAUAUCACAUUGACCAUGAGUUCCUAUCUUCACAUGGCAGGUCGUAGCGGUAGAAUGGGUCAGAAAGGUCAUGUCAUUUCCAUCUACAAUGCAUUGCUCUCACGUAAAUACGAAGGUGUUAUGAAAUUAUUAAAUACACCAUUCCAAGAAGAUACCUAA